AUGAAGCUGCUUGCAAUGACUGUGCUGCUCCUCACCAUCUGCAGCCUUGAAGGGGCCUUGGUUCGGAGACAGGCGGAGGAGCCAACUCUGCAGAGCCUGUUUUCUCAGUACCUCCAGACCGUGAGCGAGUAUGGCAAGGACCUGGUAGAGAAGACCAAGGCUUCAGAUCUUCAGGCCCAGGCCAAGGCUUACUUUGAGAAGACACAGGAGCAGCUGACACCCCUGGUCAAGAAGGCAGGAACAGAUCUGCUUAACUUCUUCAACAAAUUCAUGGAUCUCAAAACACAGCCUGCUGCCAAGUGAGGUGUCCAGACCUUUGUCUUUCAUCCUCAUCUGGCCCCUAAAACACUCA